AGCCAAGCUGGAGGCAGCAGUUACUCCCCUUUUCUGUCCUGGAUUGUGCUGCCAGGUCUUUUUUAGGGCAGUAUUGCCUUUUAUAUAUAAAGCGUCAGAAGAGAGAAUGAAUUAAACACUUCUUAGACUUGAGGAGGAUCAAAUAUGGAUUAUAAUUUCAGAUUUUAAAGCCGUUGCUGGAUUGUUUCUGCACACCUGUGUACACCUGGACUGAAGAUCAUCACUGAAGGUUGAUUCAACCAUGACACACAGGGCUUUGGAAGUGAGGGAGAGUCUAGAGGAGCGGUGUAACCGGAUCCUAAGGAACAUGGAGGCCUCCCUGACGGCCCGGGAUCGCGUGGGCAUCCAGGAUUUUGUUCUCCUGGAUGCCUACACUAGUGAGAGUGCCUUUCUGGACAACCUGAGGAAACGCUUCAAUGAAAAUCUGAUUUAUACCUACAUUGGGACGCUUCUGGUGUCGGUCAACCCGUACAAAGACUUGGACAUCUACAGCAAGAAGCAAAUGGAUACCUAUAUGGGAGUUAACUUCUUUGAGCUGCCGCCUCACAUUUUUGCUCUUGCAGACAAUGUUUUCCGGACCAUGCUGUCCGAGUACAACAACCACUUCAUCCUGAUCUCAGGUGAGAGCGGAGCUGGAAAGACAGAGGCCUCUAAAAAAAUUCUUCAGUUUUACGCUGUCAGCUGUCCAAGCACCAGACUUCUGAACAAUGUCCGGGACAGGCUGCUUCUCUCCAAUCCAGUGCUUGAAGCUUUUGGAAAUGCCAAAACCUUGAAAAACGACAACUCAAGUCGCUUUGGGAAAUACAUGGACAUCCAAUUUGACCAUCGGGGUGGAGCUGUUGGUGGUCACAUCCUUAGUUACUUACUGGAAAAGUCCCGUGUGGUGCAUCAGAACCAUGGUGAGAGAAACUUCCACAUCUUCUACCAGCUGGUUGAAGGAGGAGAGGAGGAUCUACUGCGCUGGCUUGGGUUGGAGAGAAACUGCAAGAACUACCGUUAUCUGGUGCAGGGGGAUUGUGCCAAAGUUAGCUCCAUCAAUGAUAAAAGUGAUUGGAANUUCAGCGAGAUUGACAUGGAGCACCUGUUUGGGAUUAUUGCCAGCGUGCUGCAUUUGGGGAAUCUUAAGUUUGAAGCAGAUGCCCGAGGAUACGCCGCAAUCAAAAACAACCAGGAGAUGCACUGGGUGUCAAAAUUGUUGGGGAUUCCUAAUCAGGUGCUACAGCAGGGCUUAACCCACAGAAAGAUAGAAGCCAAAACAGAAGAGGUGCUCAGCCCCCUCUCUGUGGAACAUGCAGUAUAUGCCAGAGAUGCUCUUGCCAAAGCCACCUAUGGCCGAACCUUCAACUGGCUGGUCAACAAGAUCAACGAAUCACUGGCUAACCAGGAUCCCUCCAGGAAAACAGUGAUCGGUCUACUGGACAUCUACGGGUUUGAAGUUUUCAGCGUGAACAGCUUUGAACAGUUCUGCAUCAACUACUGCAACGAGAAGCUACAACAGCUCUUUAUCCAGCUGACACUCAAAUCCGAGCAGGAGGAGUAUGAACUGGAAGGGAUAGAGUGGGAGCCGGUGCCAUAUUUUAACAACAAAAUCAUCUGUGAUCUUGUGGAGGAGAAAUUCAGAGGAAUCAUCUCGUUGUUGGAUGAGGAAUGUUUGCGUCCUGGGGAGGCCACCGACCUCACCUUUCUGGAGAAGAUGGAGGAAAAGAUGGGUGGUCAUCCGCACUUUGUCACACACAAACUUGCAAACAAAAGUACAAGGAAAACCCUAGAAAGAGGAGACUUCCGCCUCCUACACUAUGCUGGAGAGGUUACAUACUGUGUUGUUGGAUUCUUGGACAAAAACAAUGAUUUGUUGUAUCGAAGUGGAAAAGAGGUCAUGCAGCAAUCCAAAAAUGCCAUCAUCAGACACUGCUUUCCCUUCUCUGAGCCUGACAGCAAAAAGAGACCUGAAACUGUGGUGACCCAGUUUAAGAACAGCUUGGCUGGUCUGACUGAGAUCCUAAUGUCCAAAGAGCCUUGGUAUGUGCGUUGCAUCAAACCCAAUGAAGCCAAGCAACCAGCAAUCUUUGAUGAUGUUCUGGUGAGACAUCAGGUGAAAUAUCUGGGGCUCAUGGAGCACCUGAGGGUCAGGCGGGCUGGCUUUGCGUAUCGACGCAAAUAUGAGAUCUUUCUUCAGAGGUAUAAAGCUCUGUGCCCAGACACCUGGCCUAACUGGAAAGGCACCCCAGCAGAAGGCGUUCGAUGCCUUAUUAAACACCUGGGAUACAAAACUGAUGAGUACAAAUUGGGCAGGACAAAGAUUUUCAUUCGCCAUCCCAAAACUUUGUUUGCAACAGAAGAUGCUUUCCAGGUCUGCAAGAACCAGCUGGCAACAAGGAUUCAGGCCAAAUAUAAAGGCUGGAGAGUGAAAGAAGACUACCUGAAACAGAAGGAGGCUGCCACGAAGAUUGAGAACUGCUGGAGAAGUUUAAUGGCGAGAAAGGAGCGUGAGAGAAGAGCUUGGGCAGUCAAGGUCAUCAAGAAAUUCAUUAAAGGUUUCAUGACCAGAAGUCAACCAGCCUGCAAUGACAACAGUGAAUACCUGGCCUAUGUGAGGCAAAACUACCUCACCCGUCUGAAGGAAAACCUUCCCAAAACAGUCCUGGAGAUGGACUCUUGGCUCACACCGCCACCCAUAUUAAAGGAGGUCUCACAGCUCUUGCAGAACAUCUACAUUCGCUGUCUUGUGAGGCAGUAUGUCCGAGAAAUCUCACCCCAAAGGAAGGCGCAGCUGCUCCUAAAAGCCCAAACAAGCUCCAUGUUCAAAGGGAAAAAAGAAAACUACCCAUUCAGUGUAUCCAGACCCUUUGUGGACACCAGGAUUGCUUUAGAAGACAUAAACCUCAAGGUCCUUCAGAUCAUUCAGCAUGAGCACAUCAAGUACAGCGUGCCAGUGGUGAAGUAUGACAGAAAUGGCUUCAGGCCUCAUCUCCGGCAGCUCAUCUUCACCCAGGAGGCUGCCUACCUGGUUGAGGAGACAAAGAUCAAGCAGCGGAUUGAUUACACCUCUCUGAAAGGAGUUUCUGUGAGCAACCUGAGUGACAACUUCCUCAUUCUUCAUGUUACAUGUGAGGAUAUCAAACAAAAGGGAGAUCUGGUUCUGCAGUGUGACUACCUCUACGAGGCUCUGACUAAACUCAGUAUUAUUGCAGACAAGCAGAGCUCUAUUAAAGUGGUCCAGGGAAGUGUUAGAUUUGAUAUCCAGCCUGGCAGGGAGGGGUUUGUUGACUUCAAAAGUGGUCAGGAGUCCAUGGUCUACCGAGCAAAGAAUGGUCACCUGAUGGUGGAAUCGUCAAAAGCUAAAUCCAGAUGAAAAUGAAGCUUUGCUGGAAUGAUGUCGUUGAUGAUGAUGAUCUUGGAAGCCACAGAGAUACAACUACCCAAUAAACAGCCAUGUUAUGUGUGAAAUAUACCAUGAUUUUAUCCACACAGAUUUUUUGCUUUUCACCUUUAUGACAUUUUUUUUUUACAGUAAUCUAAUGUUGUUCAUCAUAUGUCACUGAUAGUUUUACAACAGAUAGAGCAACUCAUGGAUAAGCCUGGUCUUUUUUGGACAGGACAAACUAUAUAAGCUAUUCAAAGGCUGCUUUUACGAUAUGCAUCUAUUAAACACUAGAUGAAUUAACCAUGCCACGCCUUAAUGUUAUAACCUUUUGAAACAUGUAUUCUUAGAAUAUUGACGUUUAGAAAACCAUUACAGCGGAAAUACA